AUGGCCCCGGAGGUGCUUAAGCGGCACUAUGGGCCUGAAAUUGACAUAUGGAGUGCAGGGGUUAUGCUCUACAUUUUGUUGUGUGGGGUUCCUCCAUUUUGGGCUGAGUCUGAGCAAGGAUUUGCGCAGGCCAUCCUCCGCGGAGUCAUAGAUUUCAAACGGGAUCCUUGGCCAAAUAUUUCUGACAGUGCUAAGAGUUUGGUCAAGGCAAUGUUAGAGCCAGACCCAAAACUUCGGUUAAUCGCAAAGCAAGUUCUUGAGCAUCCAUGGCUGCAAAAUGCCAAAAAAGCUCCAAAUGUUCCGCUCGGAGAUGUUGUCAAAUCAAGGCUUAAACAGUUCUCUAUGAUGAACAGGUUCAAGAGAAAAGCCUUACGGGUGAUUGCGGACUUCUUGUCCGUGGAAGAGGUUGGGGACAUUAAAGAAAUGUUCAAGAAGAUGGACACUAACAAGGACGGUGUUGUCUCAAUUGAAGAACUAAAAGUUGGUCUCCGUAACCAAUCCCAGCUUGCAGAACCAGAAGUUCAAUUGUUGAUACAAGCUGUAGAUACAAAUGGGAAAGGCACGUUGGACUACAACGAGUUUCUUGCAGUUUCACUGCACCUACAAAGAAUGGCACACGACGAGCAUCUGCGGAAGGCCUUCUCGUACUUUGACAAGGAUGUGAAUGAUUAUAUCAAACCAGAGGAGCUCCAGGAUGCUCUAAUGGAAGAUGGCGCUGUUGAUUGUACAAAUGUAGCAAACGACAUCUUCCAAGAAGUGGAUAUAGACAAGGAUGGGAAAAUUAGCUACGUUGAAUUUGCGGCGAUGAUGAAAACAGGAACAGAUUGGAGGAAAGCUUCUCGACAUUACUCGAGAGGGAGAUUCAAGAGCCUAAGCAUCAAGCUGAUGAAGGAUGGUUCACUGAACUUGGGAAAUGAGUAA